UAAAUAAUGACGUAUAAAAAAGCUAAAAAAAAAUCUCAACUAUGAAUAUAUUUGAAAUGCCAGCAAUCUUGAUGUGCUUUUUUAUUUUCAGUUAAAGAAUAAUGCAUUCUUCAAAACUGAUAUGGCUGAUAUACUCCAUUUUUGUAUUAACUGCUUGCAGGGGAGACUUUGUAAAGCCAAAACCAGCUGCUAAUGUAAAUGAACCACAACAAAUCCACAUUGGCUUUGGUCAGCGAUUAACGGACAUAAUUAUUUUAUGGUCAACUAGAAACAAUGAUUCAUCAGUCGCAGAAUAUUAUACAGGAAACACAAAUGCUAAGGCUAUUAAAGGGGAGACAAUCCAUUUCGAAGGAAAUCCACUAGGAUGUCAAUACCUCCACAGGGUGUACAUUGCAAAUCUGACUCCUGGUAAAAAGUAUUUCUACAAGGUUUUUGGACAGAAUUCAGAUUUUACAAGCAGCCAAUAUAGCUUUACCAUCCCAGAUGUAAAUAAACCUCUGACAUACAUGAUUUAUGGAGAUCUUGGUUUACUUUCAGCAAACCUUCAGUUUCUGAAACAUGAAGUCAUUCUUGAUCCACAAAAAUAUAGUGCUAUCUUUCACAUAGGAGAUAUAGCGUAUGAUCUUGGUAGUGAUGGAGGGAAAAGGGGAGAUAAAUUCCUUAAUGCAAUUCAACCAAUGGCAGCUCAUGUGCCAUACAUGACUAUUCCGGGAGAUCAUGAAUUGUUUCCCGGGAGUAAAGACCAUUAUAGGUUUAGGUUUUCAACUCCUAAUGCUGGUUGGCCAAUGCCAAUGUACCAGUUAUGGUAUAGCUUAGAUGCUGGCCUGAUACAUUUUGUCUGCAUAUCUACUGAAGUGUUUUUCCUAGAUAAAGAUAAUAUUGAUAGACAAAUGAAAUGGCUUGAAGAAGAUCUGGAAGCAGUAAAUGAGGAUCGGAGCAAGCAGCCAUGGAUAAUUGUUUUGGGACAUAGACCAAUGUAUUGUAGUGUUAAUGAUGAGAGUGAAGAUUGUCGGAAGUUUGAUUCUGUUAUCAGAACUAGGCUUGAGGAUGUGUUUUACAAGAAUGGUGUUGAUCUCUUUAUUAGUGGACAUCAGCACUUAUAUGAGAGAACUUAUCCUGUUUAUAAAAAUAAAGUUCUGGCAUUCAGUAAUAGGAAUCCAAGAGCCACAAUCCAUUUAAUUGUUGGUUCUCUUGGCAACCAGUAUUUGACUGAAUUUAGCUCUAAGCCAGGUGGACCUUGGUCAGCCAAUGUUGUUUCAGCAAUGGAGAUGGAAAUCUAUGGUAAAGUCAAAGCUUUCAAUGACACACAUUUAUUCUGGACUGCUAAUAAAGCUAUGGACAAUGGUGUGGUGGACAAAGCAUGGAUAAUACAAAAUCAACAUGGACCUUUUGAUCAGGCAAUCAUUCCAGAUCCACUUGGUGCCGCAGGAAAACAAUGGAGGAAACAUAAUCAGGAGGAUGAUAAUACUUUUAUCAAUUUGAAUUUCUUCUAUGUUGAUAAAGAUGAUUACAACACGAGAGUGACAGUGCUAAUGUUCACUUUUAUUUUCCUUAUCUUUGGGGUUUGCUUUAGGAAGAAAAUUUUAAACAGUUUCAGAUAUUGUUGUAUUAAUCAUGAUAAAUGUAAAAAUGGCCAGCUUAUUCCAAUGUAGAUUUAUAUUUCUACAUUUGUAUGUUGGAUGAAAGCCUUAUUGAUAUCCACUAGUUUGUAAAUAUUUAAAAUAAAAAUAUACACAGCUAAAUAUAGAUCUGAGACACAUGCUAUAAAUAGAAAUCUUAAAAUCAGGCCAAUAUUGGCAAUACACUAAAUCGUUCAGCUUUACUUUAAAUAAAGAUUUAACAGUCAUCACAAAGUUAUACGUCCUUUUGAUAUUCAUAUAGAACUCUGUUAAAUGUUAAAAUAACAGAAAGAAAUUACAUGCACAGUCAUUCCCAAGGUCUGUCAGACAUGUGGCAAUGUCCAGUAAUAAAUGGUUUGGUCCAGUAAAAUUUCAUCAAUUACUGGACCAAAUGACCAGUGUAGAUGUAAGAAUUUUGUAAUGCUCAUAACGUAAAAGACUGCUAAAUUACUGACCGGACCAGUAAUUGUUGAACAUUUACUGGACCAAAAGACCACUGAGGUCCAAAAAACCUUUGGAACCUCUGCAUGCAAUGAUGUUGUAAACCUUUUAUCAAAAUGUGGGGAUGAUGAAGGUCCAUACUAAGAAUAUUUACCACGAGCCAAAGAUAUGAAAAUUGUUGACAUCUUCGUAUAUCUUCUAGUAUAUUUAUUGGGAACAACUGGACACAGUUGAAUUAAUAAAUGUUCACUGUAUGAAUAAACAUAGAAAAGUUACAAUAACAUUUUUGCUACAAUUGUAGAUUAACUAUGAUUAUGUUGUUUACAUAUAGCUUUGAAACAUGUAAUUUGUGUAAAUUCUGUUGUAUUAUGCAUACAGAUUUCUAGGGUUACAUGUAUCUCCGAUAUGUAUUUUUUUCUUCUUAUUUUAUUGACAAUAUGGACAAAAGAAAAUGUGGUGUACACCCAAAUGAGACAGCAACUCAACAACAAAAAUAUCCAAAAGAUACUAGUGAACAUACAGUAUUCAGCAACAGUCAGCAUCUAUAUGAUAUGUCAGGUGUACACUCUUUUCCUAUGUUUAUAAUAUUAGUGAAUGAAUAAAACAAAAAUAUUCAUAGUUCUACAAUCAACACUAACAGACUAAAUUCUCUUAAUAACAAAAAAAUUGAACAUUUAGAUGUAUAAAAUUAUGAACCAUUAUUAUUAUUAUAGAAUAAAUCAUUCAUGAACAUGUUUUUUUGUAAAAAUUUACAUUUUGUGGUAACAUUAGUAUUUCAUGAUGUCACUUGUGUAUAGUGGUUUGCAAUUUUUAUCCAGAUCUGACUAGUAGUAAAAUGUUGGAUUAGAAUUCAAUUGUUUUAUUUUCACCUUUUUCUAGCAUUUUAUAUACCUUCAUAAUCAUUUUGAAGAACAUUUUACUUUUAUCAUUUGAGGUUGUAUUUACUGUCAAUUACAUCAUCCAUAUGUACAUAUAUGCAUAAACGGUGUUUUGAGAGGAGUUUUCUCACAGAAUUACAAUUUUGUAAAUAUGACAAAAAAGACAUUUUCUUUAUUCUUUAAUAGCAAGUUUUCUAUGGAAAGAAAAAUUAUCAGUUAUUGCCCUUUAGUGCAAUUUAUAAUUGAUUUUUAUAUUUGUUUUUUUGUCUAUUAUCUAGGGCACUAUAAUAAUAGAAAGGAAAAAAAACGUAAGCAAUCUACAAAGUCGCUACAAAGACUGAAACCAUCAGACCACUCCUUAGAAGAGUUAUUGCCCUUAAAUAACAAUUUUUGCCUGUUAUCUGGAAAAUUAUAGCAGAUAAAUAGAAACUCUUACAGUCAGGAUUCUACUUUGUCAAAAUUAUCUCCCCAUUAUGCCAGUUCAUUUUUACAAUCGUAAAAAUGGAAGCCAUUGUAGAGAUGACGCGCUGCCAAUUUAGCUCUUGAAAACCGAUAAAUUUAUCCACAUACAUGACAUAGCACCAUUACGAUCCUUAUAUGCCAGUUGUAUUUUAAAAGACAAAUGUAUCUACUAGCUAAUGAGCAUCAGUUAAUGUACUUGUCUACAUUUAGUCAACUUAAAACUAUUGUCUGAUCGGUUGUCAGGUGGAAUUUUCGAAAAUUCAUAAACAUUUAAAAUAAAUUCUAAUUCAAUAUUUUGUGGAAGGGCAGACUAAAAAUUUUCAGUGGUUAAAGACUAUAAACCCUAGAUAUCACACAAAAAAAAUGAAGUUUUUCGAAGAUAUGCAUUUUUAAGAUCCAACUUAAAAGUCUGUCAAGUAUUUUUAGUAAAAAUUUGCUAUUCGACCACACCUAUUCUGUUUCUGUGAUUCAUUAGAAAGGUAUUUAACUUGACCCAUAUAUUUCAUUUUUUUAGUACUGUGAAUUUUCGAUGUUAUAAAGUCAACCUGUAGCCUUAACUUGAUAUACAUUGUAUAAAAAUGAUAGAAUCUGAAGCGAGAUGAUGUAUCAAAUACUUUUGCUUUUUACGUUUUCAAGACAAAAUAUUCAACUCAAACACGCCCUAACAUAAAAAAGUGCACUCGAUUUUCUCUUUUCGAUGCAAUUGUUACCCAUUUUUUGGAAUUAUUUCUUGAGUCACAUAAUGGAAGGGCAGAAACGAAAAUUAAGGAACAAAUAGAUUGAUAUGUUCUCCGUCCGUGGUUUUUUUUUUUUUUUAAAUCGGAGGAUAUGCAUUUUUUAGAUCCAACUGAAUAGACACCCAUGUCGUGGACUUGAUAUCUAAUUGUUCUGCUUAAUUAUGUAAUAGAUAAAUUGAAAACUUAUGCAAAUGGUGUUUUUAUGAUUAAAUACUUCGUAAUUUAGCCGAAAACUGUCAUUUUAUUUGUUUCUAUUAACUUUUAAAAUUUUUGUUACUAUAGUAAACAUUACAGUAAGCAUUUCUUGCCUUCUCUAACAAAGAGCUUCGAUUCUUUUGUUCUAUUUCAACUGGGUUUCCGCCUGUUUACCAGAGCAAGAGAUUAUAGAACAAGAACUCCAAUAAGGAUUAAACUCACAAUUUCGGCCAGCAGACUUAUUUGUAGAUGUUGUCUUGCUAAUCUUUUUUGCUUAUUUAAUUAAGAUUCUAUCUAUCUUUUAUAGUUUUUCAGAUAUUAGACAAAAAUGCAAAAAAUUGGUAAAAAUAGUUCUUAAAGGGCAAUAACUGCAGGGGUCGUCAGACGAUUUCAAUGUUGUAAACUUAUUUGUAGAUCUUGUUUUGCUGAUCAUUUUUACUUAUUUAAGUUUCUAUCUAUCUAUUAUAAUUUUUUAGAUAUUAGGCAAACAUGCAAAAUAUUGAUAAAAAUCAUCAUUAUUAAAAGGCAAUUAGAAAUUAUCUGAUGAUUUUAAACAUUUGACUAAUUUGUAGAUUUUGUCAUGAUAAUCACUUUUACUGUUAAAGUUUCUCUAUCUAUUAUGAUUUUCAGGAUAAUAGGCAAAAAUGAAAAAAAUGGCAAAAUUCAUCAUUUAAGGGCAAGAAGUUGUCUGGCAGUUUUGAUGUAAAAAUGGACAAUAGGUAGAUCUCAUCAUUCUGAACAUUUUUGCCUCUAUCAGAUUUUUUCUCUAUUUAUAGCAAUUGUCAAGUUAAUAUCCAAAACUUGCAUAUUAUCCAGGGCUAUGUUCUAUUUUUAGCCAUGUUGGAUGGCAAACUUGGUCAUCUGACACAUUUUUGUAAACUUAAUACCUAAUGAUGGUUGUGGCCAAGUUUGGUUUAAUUUGGCCUAGCAUUUUCAGAGGAGAACAUUUUUGUAAAAGUUAACAACUACAGACAGCGGACGCCGAAAGGACAAGUGAUGAGAAAAGCUCACUUUGCCCUUUUGUCCAGUUGGGCUAACAAGCAAAUUGAAAUCUACAAAUAAUAUUUUGUGGUCUUUGAUAUUAUGAUGACUUCUUAGAGGAGGCCAUUUAAAUAAAGGAGGGUUUUGAUUGCGAAAAAAAAUAAAAAAAUAAAUAUUAAAUAUUUUUUCCAGAUGAGAAAUUCAGGCUCUUAGAAAGACUCUUGUUUAUUUUUUUUUUUUUUUUUUUUAAUUCUAUUUGUAAUUUGUAAAAUUAUCAUUGAUGAUUACAAUGUAAGUUUGCAUUAUUAAUUAAAUGCCAAGAAUUAUACAUAUUUUUGUGACACAUUUUUAUAUUGAAUCUAAUUUAUAACAGAACUACAAUUAUAUACAUGAUAUAUGAUAUAUUUAAAUGGUUAUUUACUGGUAACUCUGGAGAUGUGUUUGGCUGAUAUUUUUACAAAUGAAAUAUUCAGUAGACAAAACUAUGUUUAUAUUUGCUUAAUUGAUUGAAGUAUAUGGAAAUCAGUGCUAUUUCUUCAUUAAUGUCAUUGAUUAUUGUUAGCUAUUCCAAUUUUGAUGAUUGUAUUUGUAUAAUUGGAUGUAUAUGCAUUUGUUUAUGUACAUUUUAUUGAAAUUAAUCUGGAAAUUUGUUUUUUAUGAGAUUUUGAAUUUUGUUAAUUGAUUGUUGACUGGUGUAGCACACUGCCAUUAAUAAACAUGUAAAUCUUG